GAGCGGCUGCCAGCGGCCAGGACAGCAGAGCUGGGAUACUGAGGACACAGUGAGGCCGUGGUGUGGGACAAUGGCAUCUCUGGACCACGUCUUGAUUCUCUUUGUGGGUCUCCUCGCCAUGGCCAGCUCAGAAGGUCCACAGGAACAUGACCCAUUCACCUAUGACUACAAAUCCCUGAGGAUUGGAGGCCUCGCCAUUGCCGGGGUCCUUUUCAUCCUAGGCAUCCUAAUCAUCCUGAGCAGAAAGUGCCGGUGCAAGUUCAACCAGCAGCAGAGGACUGGAGAACCUGAUGAAGAGGAGGGAACUUUCCGCAGCUCCAUCCGCCGUCUGUCCACCCGCAGGCGGUAGAAACACCUGGCGCGAUGGAACCCAGCCAGAUCCUGCAGCUUUGACUAGGCUGAGGGAAGAAGGGGAAAAGAGGAGGGGGCGAAGGGCUGGGGCGUGAUGGCUGGGGGAGGCUCUCCUGCCUCUCACCUUUUUCACCCCACAGGAAUCCCCUGGCACCUGACGCCUCCCACCCACCACCGCGGGCCCACUGCCACCUGGACUGCCCUCUUCCCCACCCAGCUCAGACCCCACAGACUCCUCUCUGCCACCCAGACUUCCAAUAAAACGUGCUUUCCUCUCUUGACA